GGACACCUGCUGUGGAUUAAAAGGCUGUUACAUAAUUGCAUAUACAUAUUGACAACUGGUAAUGUGCUUUUCAACAUAUAUCCUACUGAGUGACUCAGAUUUAAUGUAGUCACUAAAAAUGCAUCAAAUCAACAUCAGUCUGCCUGUACCAGGACACACACCACCAGUACACGAUGGUUCAAAAUGAGCCAUCACCUUCGUACACCUGUGGGAAAAACGGACAACACAAUGUCGAAUGUUCCGUUGUUAGGUUUAAUUCCCUCAUCCACUUCUGAUAAUUGACCACACUGCACGUGAAAGUAAGAGUAAGCAUGCAGGUCAUACCCUCCAUUCCAGUAACCUGCACAGCUGGCGGCUUUUACCUGUGCUGUGGAGGUGAAAGAUCCGCUCUCAACAGCUGGUAAAAACGUGCUGUGCGCUCCUGCUCGGACUGCACCCAGCGCACAGGGAGCAAAUCCGAGCCAUCUGACGCGGAGGAUUUGUCGGCGGAAUUGCUUCCCCCUCCUCUGUGAGAUUAAAUACCGUGGCAUCCAUGUAUAGAUUCUCACUACGUUUAAGGCGUGCGCGGAAUGCGCGUCCUGUGCGGGAAAAGUUGCGGGAGCAGCGUGAAGUUGUGAGACUUUGGGCGCUGGACACCAUGCACACGGAUGUGGUGCUGCUCAACCUGCUGCUCUGGACGGUCGGUGUGUCCGGCCAGCCGCGUCCAAGAGGUCAGAUGCUGCAGUCACACCGGCACGUCAGAUCGAAAAGAGAAAUGCCUCCAACAGUAGCACCCCAUGGCAAGAACAGCAGUCCCAUCUUCAAGAGUCCAGAUAUAACUAAAGCCUGGGGUUCGAACACGGAGCGACUGCUGAGGAUAGAGGACCAUGACUUUACAAUGCGACCAGGAUUUGGAGGGCCUGCAGUCCCAGUUGGAGUGGAUGUUCAGGUUGAAAGUUUGGAUGCUAUUUCAGAGGUUGAUAUGGACUUUACUAUGACCCUGUAUCUGAGGCACUACUGGAAAGAUGAACGUCUGGCCUUUAAAAGCAACCACAACCAGAGUAUGACCUUCGAUAGCCGCCUGGUGAAGAAAAUCUGGGUACCUGACAUGUUUUUUGUCCAUUCUAAGAGGUCCUUCACCCAUGACACCACCACUGACAACGUCAUGCUAAGAGUUUACCCAGAUGGCAAAGUCCUUUACAGCCUCAGGGUGACGGUCACAGCCAUGUGUAGCAUGGACCUGAGCCGCUUCCCUCUCGAUACUCAGACCUGCUCUUUGGAGAUAGAGAGCUAUGCAUACACAGAUGAUGACCUGCUGCUCUACUGGAAGGAAGGGAACAGGUCAUUAAACACAGACAAGGGAAUUUCUCUCUCCCAGUUUCUGAUCCAGGAGUUCCAUACCACCACAAGACUGGCCUUUUACAGCAGCACAGGCUGGUACAACCGUCUGUACAUCAACUUCACUCUGCGGCGUCAUAUCUUCUUCUUCCUGCUGCAGACCUACUUCCCUGCCACUCUCAUGGUCAUGCUGUCCUGGGUGUCCUUCUGGAUUGACCGCCGGGCCGUUCCUGCCAGAGUGCCACUGGGUAUAACUACGGUGCUCACCAUGUCCACCAUCAUUACUGGAGUCAACGCUUCCAUGCCCAGAGUGUCAUACAUCAAAGCUGUGGACAUUUACCUGUGGGUCAGUUUUGUCUUUGUGUUCCUGUCGGUGAUAGAAUACGCUGCAGUCAACUACCUGUCUACACUACAAGAACGCAAGGAGAGGAAACUCAGAGAGAGGCUGCCGUGUACUUGUGGCAUGGCUCAUCCUGGCAUGAUGUCAGCCAGCUACAGUGAGGUUGAUGCCAACACAACAGGGAAUUAUGGCUUAUCAGAAGAGAAUGGGGUGAAACGUGAGAGGAUGCUGGUGCAGCUGGCGAUGGAGAGCGACCAGGUUACUGGCCAUGUUGGCACCAGCACCUACAGCAAAGCCUGGAUUGAUACACAUGUCAUAGAUAAGUACUCCCGGGUCAUCUUUCCUGGAUCUUACAUCCUCUUCAACAUCAUCUACUGGUCUAUCUACUCAUAAUGCAGAUGGGACUCAAAGAGACCUGUGGGUGACCAAGGUCUGAACACCUCUAGCAGGUGUGUGAAAAAUCUGCUUCCCCGCUUGUAAAAGUGGUUAACAGAUGCACUCAGUAGAGUGGAGACUUGUGCACUAAACUUGCAGAUUUAGGCUUUCAGUGUCUUGUGUCACAUUUGUAAGAAAGAGGAAGGAGCAGACCAAUCCAAAGAUAGAAGGAAGUCUUCAGGCAGAACCCAGAACCAGACACUCUAACAUGAGCUAACUCAACGCUCAACACAUUCUACUAAACCUUCAUCUUCAGUCGCUGCAAAAUGUUGAGAAUGUUUAACAAUAAACCUGUUAAUGAUGCUAUUACAAACACUUACAUAAGCAUCUUGUAAGGACGUAUUAGCUAUUAACUAACUUUUAGUUCAAGGACCUUAAUAUAAGCUAACCUUAACAAACAUUACUGAGGUGAGCACGUAAAGGCAACAAUGUGUUAUUUCAUUCUUUGUUGUGGACCAACUGAAGCAAACUAAACAAGAGUGAAAUGAAGAGCCAGAGAACUUUUUGACCUUUUGACUGUCAAACCAGUGUGGGCCUCAGUGUGCUGGUGCUCUACUAAAGAAAACAGCAAGUAGCUCUGUAUAGUUGCCCCAGUGAUUCUGUGGAAAGCACUUUCCUGAUAUAUUUUGCAAUGUGCACAGAGCACUGAUCCUUUAAACAGAUACGCUGAAUUGACACCUAUGGUUAACCUCCAAAGCAUUAUACAUAAAAACAAGGACAUCCUGCUGUGUAUUGAGAAGACACUUUCUGUAGAUAAUAUACAUGGAUGUUUUGACAAAGGGUAUGACUAGGUUACUUGGACAUAUCUGGAUUUUGCUUUUGAUAUGCCAAAAGUUCCUUUUUUGUGUGGCUCAGUCAUUGUGUUGUUGUGUUACAGUUGCACCAUUAUUAACAAACAGAAUCAAUGGUUAUUUGUACUUAAACCAACAUCUGUUUGUGCUGUAAAAGGUUUUAAAAAAAUGUUCAUGGUUUAAUGUAAUUGACCUUUUUCUAAGCUUGAACCUACAUUUAGACAUUAGUGUAAAUCUCAGAUGGAACUGGAGCUAUUUCUACUUUAACUUCUCCAUCUCUUGUAACUGUUCUCAUCGGCAUAGUGUCAUAUUAAAUCACGUGUUGACUUUGUGCUAAGUCAGUGUACGGAACUCUUGA